AUGGAUCAGCUGAAGGAGAUGACACCAAACUUAAAUCUGCAGCAGGCCAAUGUGCGGCCAGUGAACCUUUUACAAGAGAGAUGUGUUCUCCCAGUCGAACCAGCUUCAACCCCUGAGCCAAACCUGAGUCCCUCCCUCAGGAAACUGAACUGCAGCUCAGAUAUAUUUCGAUGCACCCUGAUGAAUAUUCCUCAGACUCAGGCACUCCUGAAACAAGUGAUGCUUCCUCUUGGCCUGAUUUUCCACCCAUUCAAGAAUUUCAGUGAACCUCUCCCAGUGAUUCCUGGAGCUCCUCCAUGCUGUUCAAUGUGUCAGACUUAUAUAAACCCUUUUGUGAUCUUCAUAGACCAGCGACACUGGAAAUGCAACACUUGUUUUUCACUCAAUGAUGUUCCUGGGAAUUUUCUCUAUGACCCCAUUACAGGCAGCUAUUGUAACCCACUCAUGCGACCUGAACUGCAGCAUGCUGUUCUGGAGUUUGUUGCGACAUCCAACCAUCAGGCUCGUCCCCCUCAACCUGCAACAUACUUGUUUAUGUUUGACGUCAGUUACAGAGCAGUGGAAACUGGCUACCUGCAGAUUGUUUGCCAAAUCCUGCUGGACAACAUAGAUAGGUUACUGGAAGAUUCAGAAACUCGCAUUGGAUUCAUCACUUUUGACAGCACAGUUAACUUCUACAAUUUGCAUAGGAGUCUCUCCCGACCGCGUAUGAUGGUCAUGUCCGAGAUUGAUGAUGUCUUUGUGCCGAAUGAAGAGAAGUUGCUAGUGAAUCUUCACCAAAGCAGGGAGCUGCUUGUUUCUCUGCUUGAAGAAUUGCCGGAUAUGUUCCGAGAGACUCAGCAGGCACAGUGCGCUUUGGGGCCUGCAUUGCAGGCUGCUCAGAAACUCCUGGCUUACAGUGGUGGUCGUGUGUCUGUGUUUUUGACCCAGUUACCCAACAUAGGCUGUGGCUCCCUGCAGCCACGAGAAAGCCCUGGAGGAAGUAACCUGGGAAGUGAGCAAUUGGGACCAGCCAUCGACUUCUACAAGGUGCUUGCAUUGGAGUUCUGUGGCCAGCAGACCUGUGUGGACUUGUUCUUGCUCAGCGAGCAGUAUGCUGACCUUGCUUCCAUAGCUUGUAUUUCCAGGUACACGUGUGGCUGUGUGUACUAUUAUCCAGGACUCCAUCAUAUACACACCUAUUUCUUGGUUGAGAAGUUUCAGGAAGAAUUCCAGUACUAUUUGACCCGUUCUGUUGGCUUUGAGGCGCUGCUCAGGAUACGAUACACACAAGGUCUCCUUCUGCACACAUUUUAUGGCAAUUCUUUCCUGCAGACGACUGAGCUGCUAUGCCUGCCCACUAUCUGUCCUCACACAGAAUUUGCCGUUCAGAUGUUGAUUGAUGGAUCUCUGAGUGAGAGCACAUUUGUGGUGUUCCAGUUAUCUCUAAUCUACACUUCCAGCCAAGGUGAGCGGCGGGUUCGGAUCCACACAUAUUGCUUACCUGUCGUAAGUUCCCCGAGUGAGGUUUAUGCAGGAGUUGAUGUACUUGCUACCGUGGGAAUUCUUUCUAAAAAAGCAGUGGAUCGUGCAGUGAGGUCCUGCCUUGCUUACGCCCGAGAAGAACUGAUGCAGGCUGUGACAGAUGCUCUCACUGCCUACCAGAAUUCAGCUUCCAGUCCACACCAUUUUGGCCUCAUCGUCCCUUAUAGCUUACAGCAACUUCCGCUGUAUGUACUGGCCCUGCUCAAACAGUCGGCCUUUCAGACAGACGUAGCUCUGAGCCUCGAUGAGCGUGUUUUCACUAUGUACCAGCUGAUGACACAGCCAUUGACUUUUGUGAUGCGGAUGGUGUACCCUGACCUGUUCCGAAUUGAUACCUUCACCAGUGACAAGACCUCCAUGGAAUCAGAAGAUAAGACAGUGAAGAGACCAGCCUUGAUUCAGCUCUCUGUAGAUAACCUUACUCUUCAAGGUGCCUUUCUAAUGGACUGUGGCAAUGUUUUGUAUAUUUGGGUUGGCAAGCAUUGCAGCACUAGCUUCUUGAACAAGGUUUUAGGAGUGUCGAGUUAUACCUCUCUAUCACCUACUCUGACAUUACUGCCUAAAUUCCAGAACCCCACUUCAAAGCUUGUUCAGACAUUAAUAACAUCCAUGAGAAAUGGGAGACUUUUUCAUGCACCAUGUUACGUCAUCAAGGAUGACAGUACUACGAGGAACACGUUUGUUCAGCAUAUGGUUGAGGACCGCAAUGAGUCAACCAUGUCAUACUAUGAUUUUCUGCUUCACCUGAAGGAGCAGGUCUGCAAAUGAAUGCAGAUGGAUUGUUUGAAUUUGGACGGGGAGCACACUGUAUUGAACAAGCUACAUAUCAGUGGUAAAUAGGGAUGGUGAAAACUCACUCAUCACAACUCUGAAGUGAUUUGAAAUAUUUCAGUGUCAUAAGGAGGCAUGGAAAUGCAGGUUCUUUCUUAUAUUGUUGAGUCCAUUCAUCCAAGAGGUGCUGGUACAUCAUUUUGUGAAUGCCAUAGAUUAAUGUGACUUGGUACAUAGACAGAUGCUGCUCCUUAUACGUCCUUAGAGCCUUGGGACAUCCUUCCGACGUGAAUGGCGCUAUAUAAAUGUAAUUUUGUUGUAUACACUCCUCUGUGUUAGGAUCUCAUGGCAAUAAUGGUGCAAGUCAACAGAAUGAGAUUGGGAGGACUGAGGUAACACUGAAGAAUGAUUUCUUAUAACUGUUGAUGGCCAUUCUCACUUUGUAACUACACGUAAUAACUGUGGUUGGGUUUUGUUGACUGAAUGCUUUGCUUGCUGCCCAAGGUUGUUAAAGUUAUAAAAAGGGACAGAAUUUCCCUCCCCACUGCUGCCCAUUUGGGCUGCAAACAUUUUUUAAAAAAUGUUCUCUUGUUUAUAGGUUUAUCCCCCCCGCUCGGAAUAGUAAUACAGCUCUCCGUUAAACAAUUCCACAAAUAUUAGCCUGAGGGGAAAAAGCAGGUUUGAAAGGUUCGGUACCACAUGCAGUACUUUGCAGAUCGUUCUUGUGUGUCUCUUGAAAGCACUGGUAAAGUUUUUUUUUAUCUGUUUUGUUUUCUUGGCCAAACCUAUAUUGAAGGCUUAUCCUUUUCAGACCAGCAAAGCACUACAUUAAGGAUAUGUUGUGGCCAACAGUGUCAUGAGAAAUAUCUCCACAAGUGAGGCUCACUUGAGAACCCAUGACCAAUAAAUACUUGUAAUUGUAGCCCGAGAAACAAGUUCCGCUGCAGUGCUGUAAUACAUUAUAUAUUUCCUACACCUACUGCAUUGCCACCUACUGAAAACAAAAUGGUAUUGUAGGAAUAUUUAUUAAGCUAAACUAAGCAGACAGCUGAUGGCCAACUCCUGCUCACUUAAAGCAGGGUGGUCUUAGCUGGACAAACAGAGGGAAGCAUGCCAAAUACUGCUCUUAAUGGCAAGCUAUUGUUUUAGCUGGUUAAACACUAGAGGUAGCCCAACGCUCACUCUGCCGUCCCCAAGACUUGAUCCUCAACAACUAGCACUAAUACUCGCGAAUAGGUAAGCAGAGUGAGUUUGUCUGGAGGAGAGUACACAUUUUGUUCCAGACAGAGGAAAAUUUCAACAUGUGGGUAACAUACAAAUGUGGAACUGUCUUGCUUGGAUACUCAUGCUUGGUGGUGGGUUUCUGCAUGUGUCAGAUCUGUUUGACCCCCAAGAUUGGAAUAAUCUACUAAAAAAGGCAAUAGAGGCAAACAUAUUGGGGCUAGUCAAAACUCACUAGUAUGAGUUCAUGUAGCAAUGGGAUGAGCAGCUUUGGUGGGCUUCAUGGCAUCAUCUUAUUCCAGAGUUUUCUUAUGUUAACUGCAAGAUAAACUGCUUAUAAUUUAAUAUCCAUAUAUGAGCAUUGAUACUGGAUUAAAGGCUUGUAAUCACUGCAGAGAUGUGAUCUCUUUGUCAUAUAUACCGAGAAUUUUAUAGAGAUUGUAUUCCUUUAUAGGCUCCUUUUUUUCUGCUGUUGAUUGCCAGAGCACUCAGGGCUGUUAAUGCAUUUUGAUAUUCAAAGAUAAUGAUUAUGAGAUAAAUGCAAGUGUAUUGAGAGAUAAUCUGCAUCUGAUUACUAGGAAUUCUAUGGUUGGUAUACUUACUAGAGAUUACAUCUUCAGUCACAGAAAGGUUUCUAAAGAUGCUGAAUGGAUUAGCUAUCAUAAAAUGCUGUUUUAUGAAUUUGUUAACAAAAAUUGAAUUUUGCUAUGCUUUCUGAUUCUACUGAAAUAUGUUGUUACUGUUGUAAAUACUAAGUAAUGUGAGUGCUCACAAAUAAAUCUUAAAUUUAAUAUAAACUGUAUCAUAA